CUGAUUCUGACAAUUCCCAGACAGCCAAAAGGGGAGAAACCGUUGACACCUGGAGAGCGCGAAUCCAUCCUGCAGCGCCGCGACGCCGCGUUGAAACGCCUCGACGAGGGCCACGAAAUCCUGCUGAAAUCGCUGGAAGGCCUGGAGGCCGAAGAGGCCUUCCUCGGCCAGCGCUGGUCGGUCCGCGACGUGCUCCUCCACCUCGACUCCGAGCGUUACGUCGACGCGCUGGAGAAGAUCGCCCGCGGCGAGAUGGAAAUGCUCCCGCCCUUCUCCUCCCGCGAUGAGCAUUUCCGCCAGGAACUGGAGCACCAGGAGGCCACUCACCGGCGUUUCCGCGCCCUGCUCAGCGACCUCACCCCGGAGCAACUCGCCCGUCCCGCCACACCGCCCAACCCGGAAAACUCCUUCCCAGGCCUCUCCCUCCUUGAACUCCUCGAACGCUCGGCUGGACACGAAACCAGCCAUGCCCGCCAGAUUGACCUCACUCGCCAGUUCGUCGCCGCCUUCCGCUCCCAGCAGCGCGCCCUGAACAUCGCCGCCCUCGGCGACGGCGACCCGUCUCGCCUCUCAACCGAGGUCCGGGACAUGCUGAACAUGGCCGACUACGUCGUCGCCGAGGCCGAGGCCCUGGCCGCUGUCGGCCACCUCGUCCGCGGUGUGCGGCUGACCAUGCACACAGGCAACCGCGAGGAGCUGGUCAACCGCGCCGCACGCGAGUCCCGCGAGGGCCUCUGGCCCAUCGUCUGCAUCAUGGGCGAUGCCCCCGACGACGAACCCCCACGGUUGCCAUGGCCCGCCAACACGCCGACGCCAUCGCCAUCCACCGGGCGACAGAGUAGGCGGCCUCGAGAGAAAAACCCGUUCUUCCCGCGAAAGCGGAAAUCCAGGUUCAUACAUCCGCGAAAAUGA